AUUGCACUUCUCGAUAAACCCACCCAAACUUCACCGUUAAUGACGGCUCUUAUAUUCCACACCGUUCCCUCACCCUAUCAUCUUCAUCUUUCCUUCAAUAAACUCUCACUCUAGAGUCUAUGUCAAUAUCUAUCUGUAUCUACAGGUUUAUUGUAUCUUUAUGGGGGUGCCUUUACUGCUGCAAGUCCUUGUGGCUAUUGGAAGUUUUCUCAUAUUGACCACGAUCGCCGCCUUCGUCCUCGUUCUCUGCAGGAUCUCCGCGAAACGGCGUUACCAGCGCCGGCUUUCCUCCGCCUCUGUCCCCGAGAGCGUUACGUUUGACCCUACGGAUCUCAAUCGGAUCGAGAUGGGGGAGCUGAUCAUCGCCACCAAGGACUUCUCGCCGGAGCUCAUAAUUGGAGACGGCAGCUUCGGCCUCGUCUACAAGGCCAAGCUCUCGUCCGGUCUCCAAGUCGCCGUGAAGAAGCUCUCCGCCGACGCCUUCCAGGGUUUCCGCGAGUUCCAGGCGGAGAUGGAUACUCUCGGCAAGAUCCGACACCCGAAUAUAGUCAAGAUGUUCGGUUACUGCUCCACGGGUUUGGACCGGGUCCUCAUCUACGAGCUGGUGAAGAACGGCAGUCUAGACCAAUGGCUUUAUUACACGUCGGGCGCCGACGUGGCAGACACUAUCCAAUGGGAGCCUUUGAAUUGGGAAACUAGGAUUAAGAUAGUCAAAGGAGUUGCUAAAGGGCUUGCCUAUAUGCAUAGCUUGGAUACUCCGAUCAUCCACAGAGACAUUAAAGCCAGCAACAUUUUAUUAGAUGAAAAUUUCGAAGCUCACAUCGCAGAUUUUGGAUUGGCUAGGCGAAUUGAAGGCUCACUGGCACACGUCUCAACUCAAGUGGCCGGAACAAUGGGAUACAUGCCGCCAGAAUACAUAAAUGGUGCAACAAGAGCCACUGCAAAGGGAGACAUCUAUAGUUUUGGAGUACUAAUGUUGGAAAUUAUCACAGGGAGACGGCCUAAUUUUCCCUUCACGGAUGAGAAUGGACACGAGACUAGGUUAGUCGAAUGGGCUAGCAACAUGGUCUCACAAAAUCGGUACAAUGAGAUUAUUGAUUCCAGCUUAUAUAAACAUGAUAUCAAGGAAAAUGAUCUCACCCACUACUUUAAUAUUGCAAUAAUGUGUAGCAGUGAAGCACCUAAGGCUAGACCUGCCAUGAAUGAUGUUAUUAUGAUGUUGAACCAGCUUUCUACGUGAAAUUAUUGUGACCAAUUUUAUUA